AUGAAGAUCUCGGCGGGAGGCGCAUGCAAUCCAGCGAUGGCAAAUUGAUUUGGGAAUACAAAUCGAGAGAGCGACGCUGUCCUACUGGGGAUUGUAAUCGGGUGGAUAUUCAACGCUCUUCUCCAAUUGCGGGUAUUUCAGUUCCCAUAUCUAAUAUAAUUGGAUUGAUUUUCGCCCGUGGUUUCAAUACUUCCCGGGGAACAGAAUCGCACAGGCCUCUACAAUUGUCUCUCCAGAUUCUGCCUAUGCCGCAAUUAUGUUGCGUAUAUGGGUAUCAGAUCUAUCUCCUAGGUACUCAUCUAUUUUACACUAUUAUAUCUUCUCUGUGGUUUCCUGUUGGGAGCAAAGGAACGUCUUGGAGAGAUUCGAUCUUUGGAUGUUGUUCAAAAACUUUUUGAGAGAUUUCCUGCUGCUUUUAUGGAUACCCUUCAUGUUCCCCUUGGCAUUAGGGAAUCCAUGCGUUCAUCUGGUUUGGUGAGUUAU